GCUUGUCACAUUGGCAAGUGAGGAGUGAUCUUUUUCUAAAUUAUAGCAAAUAAAAAAUCUGAGUAGAACAACGAGCCAGGACUGACCUUUGGCAAUUUAGGGUUGAAAAACAAUGUAGGAUUGAAAAAACAACACGCUCGCGCCAGAUGUUCGGACUAUUGUGAAGGACUUUGCAGCAAAAUGGUAGAAGUCGUUUCUAAAGGUACUUAAAGGUGCUUCAAAGCUGACAGAAUCACAGUUACUUGCGUGCUCCACGUUCAAUUGCCAUAGAAUCAUCUGAAACUUCACUAUGUCGCUCUACUCAAAAUCCCAAACCCUCAGCGUUUAUGGUGGAGCCGGUGGCCAAGGAACUCGCAUCUCCUCUGCUUCGAGGCCUCUUUAUGCCUCUAGAAGGGGUUUCAGUCUGGCUGAUGUGUCAGCUGAUGAGAAGGCCACCAUGCAGAAUCUGAAUAACCGUCUAGCCAGCUAUCUGUCAAAGGUGCGCUCGCUGGAGGAGUCCAACAUUGAGUUGGAGAGAAAGAUCAAGGAGUGGAACGAGAGUCACACGGUCGUGAAGCAGGAACACUCUGGCUACCAGGGCAUUAUUCAGGACCUGGUGGAUAAGAUUAAUUUAAUGUCUAAAAACAAUGGAAGGACCCUCCUGGAAAUAGACAAUGCCAAGCUAGCUGCUGAUGACUUCAAAAUGAAGUAUGAGAAUGAGCUGGCCAUGCGUAAAACUGUUGAAGCUGACACUGCCAUCCUGAAAAAAAUUCUGGAUGAUUUGACCUUGAAGCGCUCGGAUUUGGAGAUGAAUUAUGAAGGUCUGAAGGAGGAGCUUAUUCUACUGAAGAAAAGCCACGUGGAGGAGAUGACUCUGGAUAGAGCCGAGUCUAGAGGUCAGGUCAACGUUUGUGUGGAUGCAGCUCCCUCUAUGGACUUGAAUCAGGAGAUGACCGAGAUCAGAGAACACUAUGAGGCUGUGACUGAGAAAAAACGUGAAGAGCUGGAGUCCUGGUAUCAGAGCAAGAUCACCACAGUGAGCCAGGAAGUGAUCACUCAUAAUGAAGAGCUUCAGGUCAGCAGAACACUUCUGAAAGACUUGACAGUCAAGUUCCAGAGACUACAGAUUGAACUGCAGUCCAGUUACAGCAUGAAAGCAGCCGAUGAGGGGACGCUGGAGGAGAUACAGGCCCGUUAUGGGGCAGAGUUAGCAAGUCUCCAGGCCACGGUCACCACCCUGGAGGAACAGCUGAGUCUUUUCCAUGCUAACAUUGCCAACACCAAGCAGGAGUAUGAGACGCUGCUGGACAUCAAGACCCGGCUGGUGCAUGAGAUUGAUGAGUACAGGAGACUGCUGAACGGAGAGGAGAGUGAAAAACACAAUGUUAUCACCAAAACUACCACAAUGGUGGAAACUCUUGUGGAUGGGAUAGUUGUGGAGACCAGCGAACCGGUGGAUGUCAAUGAGAAAACAAACUAAUAUGCUCAAAACCAUUAUUUAGACAGGUGUAAAAAAAUCCUCAGACCGAACUUAAUUUAAUGUUCCUGUAAAAUGUAAUGUCGAAUGUUAAUUUGUUAAAAUAUACUGACAGUGAUCUAGUACCUUUCAGCUUUUGAGUUAUCAACUCUCCUCUGUGAUUCAGUCUGUAUGUUUAAACCAAGUGUUUAUGUACACAUAAAUGUAUGUUUAAACAAAGUGUUUAUGUACACAUAAAUGUAUGUUUAAACAAAGUGUUUAUGUACACAUAAAUGUAUGUUUAAACAAAGUGUUUAUGUACACAUAAAUGUAUGUUUAAACAAAGUGUUUAUGUACACAUAAAUGUAUGUUUAAACAAAGUGUUUAUGUACACAUAAAUGUAUGUUUAAACAAAGUGAUUAUGUACACAAUUUACUGGCAGCCAUUGACAAGUAAUACACUGUUUUUAAAAAAACAGUAAGUUACUUGUCAAUGGCUGCCAGUAAGUAACUGUGAUUGUUUAUUACAGAACGUUACUUGUCAAUGGCUGCCAGUUAGUUACUGUGAUUGUUUAUUACAGAACGUUACUUGUCAAUCGCUGCCAGUUAGUUACUGUGAUUGUUUAUUAAAGUAAGUUCCUUGUCAAUGGC